CGUAGUACACCACAUUCAGCAAUUCUACUGCGGCAAAUGACGGCGAGUAUAGGUUUGCAAUCUUUCGAGAACUUUUUCUUCUUUUUCGUACCAUGCCGACCUAACCUUAUGCCAAACUUUUCUGUUUCUUUUCAAUAUACAUUACUACUAGCACCUCGCGAGCAUAGCGCACAGAUGCGUCACUAUAGAGAAUUCACUUGCCUAGCACCGGGAAUGUCAUAGCUACUCGAGUUAAACUCGAGUCUCUGCGCCCUAAAGGUCUCUCAUACCACCUUGCCACAUUUCCCGAAUACUACUACAGCUCGACGUCAUUGCGUUGCGCUACAAACAUGGUGUCUUCAGCUUCAUAUACCGCACCCCCGAGCCAAGAUGGACAACUCGGCGAGAAGCCUGCGAUUAUCGACAUUGAGAAAAAUGCACCUCCAAGCUCCGUCUCUACGUCGAUGGAUCUUCCUCGACCGGAGCCGACGCAGCGAUUAUCAUUGCCGGCUGCUAACCACUUAUCACUAGACGAUGUUGAAGCCUGAUUUGUUGAGCGGAAAGGGUCGCGAUGGUCCAACAACCAAGACCCUCCUUAGUUCCGUUAAUGCGUCCAUGAAACCAGGAACUCUUACGGCCAUUCUUGGCGGCAGUGGCUCUGGAAAAACGACGUUAUUGAAUACAAUUGCAGAACGUAUGGUUAGCUCUCGACUCUCUCGAACCGGAACCGCUACAUUUAAUGGGCAGGAAGGCGUGCACUCCGUUAGGCACGCAUACGUAAUGCAACAGGACAUUUUGCUCCCGACUCUUACCGUACGGGAGACCUUGAGAUACUCGGCGAACUUGAGGUUACCACCCCCAACAACCGAGGAGGAGCGGAUGCGAAUCGUGGAGGAAGUUAUCCUCGAAUUGGGCUUGAAGGAUUGUGCGAACACCAGAAUCGGAAAUAGUCAACAUCGUGGAUGUAGCGGGGGAGAGAAGCGAAGGACGAGCAUCGGUGUACAGCUCUUGGCGAACCCAUCAAUCCUCUUUCUGGACGAACCCACCACCGGCUUGGAUGCAACAAGUGCUUACCAACUAGUCAGGACUCUCAAGACUUUGGCGAGCAAGGGUCGUACGGUCAUUACGACUAUUCACCAACCGCGAUCCGAAAUUUGGGACCUAUUCGAUAAUCUCGUGAUCUUGUCUAAGGGGAGCCCCGUGUAUUCCGGGUCCAUAAAAGAGUGUAUCCCGUGGUUCUCAGAGCUCGGAUUCCAAUUACCCGCAUUCGUUAACCCGGCCGAAUUCUUGAUCGAUCAUUCUGCGAUUGAUAAUCGUACUCCGGAGCUCGAAGAGGAAAGUACGGCUAGAGUUAACCGUCUAACGGCAGCAUGGAACGAGGAGUCAAAGAAGCUUCUUCCACCCCUUACCUCUGAACAAACCUCUGAGAUGAAGAAUAAACCUAGGCGGCCGAGGAUGGAGCAACAUGCCGGCUUCUUCCGUCAGGUGCGGGUGCUAACAGAUAGGACGCUUAAAGUCACAUAUAGAGACCCGCUGGGAAUGGCUGGUUCUAUAUUAGAGGCCAUUUUAAUGGCUAUCAUCACGGGGUAUGUCUUCUAUAAUCUUGGCAGGGAUCAGUCGGGGAUUCGAUCGAGACAAGCUGCGCUGUAUAUCUCAGUAGGCCUGCAAGGUUACUUGUUCCUGACGUUUGAGAUCUACCGGUUGACUCUGGACAUCCCCACAUUCGACCGAGAAAAUAGUGAAGGAUGUGUAACUGCACUUCCUUUCAUCAUAUCUCGCCGACUUGCGCGUCUCUUCACCGAAGAUAUACCUGUCCCAUUUUUAUUCAGCGUCAUCUACUAUUUCAUGGUGGGCUUCGACCGCGACGUGUCCAAGUUCUUCACAUUUUUCUCCAUACUUCUACUUAACCAUUAUAUCGCCGUUGCACUGGCGAUCACCUCAGUAGCCGCUGUCAGGCACUUUCCUGGGGCAAGUCUAAUUGCCAACCUUGCGUACACCUUGCAGAGCAUGGCCUGCGGAUAUUUCAUACAAAGCAAUACGAUCCCCGUGUAUGUGAGGUGGACGAAGUAUAUCACUUACACGUAUUAUGCUUUCGGAGCUCUCUGCGGCAAUGAGUUUCAGGAUAGCUCUUACGAUUGCCCCUCGCCGGGUGGAGAGUCAAACCCGGCAUGUAAGCCAUAUAUCGGGCAAUACAUCAUGGAUAACCUUGGAUUCCCACGAAAUUGGACCGCCCGGCCAAUCCUUGCCAUGCUUGGUUUUGCCCUUCUGUUCUUCGUCACUUCAUGGGUUGGCCUAGCUUUUGUGAAGGUGGAAAUGUCAAUUGCACGAGCUCGAGCAUCCGACACAGAUCUUUCAGCCGGAAAAGAAAAGAUGAAUGCAAGAUCAAUGCACGAAGUUCGGGCAAUAGAUGUUGGUCUGGACGAAUUUUCUCUUAAAUUGGACAAGAGAUCUCCAACAGGGAAAAAGUUGCCAACGAAGACGAUUCUCAAUCCUGUCACAGCAACGUUCCAGGCUGGUACACUCAACGUGAUAAUGGGUCCCUCGGGAUCGGGGAAAACUAGUUUGCUUAAUUCCAUGGCGAUGAGGCUGCAUAGCACGAUCGGGACUAGGUAUAGGCCAUCUGGCAAGUUAACCUUCAACAAUGCUGUGCCAUCAGACUCCGUGGUACGGUCAAUCGUGUCUUACGUCUGCCAGGACGACGACGCGCUACUUCCAUCUCUAACCGUUAAAGAGACACUUCGUUUCGCAGCUGGCCUUCGGCUUCCCUCGUGGAUGAGCAAGUCGGAAAAAUAUCAACGAGCUGAGGAUGUUUUGGUUAAGAUGGGUCUUAAGGAUUGCGCCGACAAUUUAAUUGGAAACGAGAUGGUGAAAGGCAUUUCAGGAGGAGAAAAGAGACGAGUUAGUAUCGCCAUACAGAUCCUUACGGACCCUCGUGUCUUACUGCUCGAUGAACCGACAAGUGGACUGGACUCUUUUACUGCCAAUAGUAUCUUGGAAGUGCUGCAGGGCUUGGCGAGGGAAGGCCGCACGUUAAUACUCACAAUACACCAAGCCAGAUCCGACAUUUUUAACCAUUUCGGGAAUGUACUGCUUCUUGCUAGAGGCGGUUCGCCUGCUUAUGCUGGCGCUGCGAAGGAUAUGCUACCUUACUUUGGCAGUCUUGGAUAUCAAUGCCCUCAACACACCAAUCCAGCUGAUUUCGCACUCGAUCUCAUCACCAUAGACCUUCAGGAGGCUCGAAGGGAGGCCGAGAGUCGAGAAAAAGUCCAAAGACUCAUCAAUUCGUGGACUAGACUCAUGAAUCAGCCGCAGUCGGGAAAGAUGCAAGCCAUCCCGCGACUUUCUGAUAUCAGCGAGGCAGGCGCAGAGUCGACGUCUGAGAAAGGAACAAGACCGUAUAGCUCCGAAAAGGCAACUGGCGAGAUCACAGAUGUCUCGGCGGAUGCAAGUGGGGCCGAUCGAGAGCAAGCUGUCGAUUCAGAUGACACGCUAGAAAGGCGGCUUUCCAACCCUCUUCCUCGCCGGUCACUCAACAAGGCCGCCCUGGCAACACCAGCUGAGUUAGGUGCCCUGGUCCAUAAACGUGCAUCUUUCAUAACCGCAUUCCCGAUAUUGCUGCACCGCGCAUCAAUCAACCUUCAGCGACAGCCACCGCUCCUCCUAGCGCGCAUAAUGCAAGUACUCGGACUGGCUAUUAUCCUAACCCUUUUCUUCGCACCAGUACACAACGAUUACUACAGCGUGCAGAAUCGGGUAGGUUUCGUGCAAGAGAUGGGCGCCUUCUACUUCGUCGGCAUGCUUCAGAACGUCGCCGUUUACCCCGCCGAGCGCGAGGUGUUCUAUCGCGAAGACGACGACUCUGUGUACAGCGUGGAGGCCUUCCUGUCGACGUAUACGCUGCUCGAGGUGCCUUUCGAGAUCAUAUCCUGUCUGCUCUUCGGCAUCCUGGCAGACUUCGCGGUGGGCUUUCCGCGCACGGCGGAGAUGUACUUCGUUUACGUGUUCUGCUGCUUUGGAAUUGUGUCGUGCGGUGAGAGCUUGGGCAUUAUGUUUAAUACCCUGUUUAAUCACACCGGGUUCGCCGUCAACGUCAUCUCCAUUCUGCUCUCCGUCGCACAGAUCAUGGCCGGAAUCAUGUCCAUCGACAUGCCGGAGUUGUUCAAGGCGUUCAAUUACAUCAGCCCUCUUAAAUACGCGACGGCCGCGCUGGCGCCGUUCACGCUCAGAGGGGUUACAUUCACGUGCGAUGACGCGCAGAGGCUACCCAACGGACAGUGCCAAAUCGAGACGGGGGAGCAGGUGCUGGAUCUGUAUAAGUUGAAUGUAGAUCCCUACGUUAAUCUCGGCGCGCUAGGAGCGGCGAUCGUCGUGUACAGGCUUGUCGCGUGGCUUUUGCUUAGGCUAGUGAGGACGAGGUGGAAGAGUGUGGUCGAGAAGACGAAGAAAUCGUAAAAAGGGCUGGUUUCCGCCCUCUUCUAGGGAGCUGCUCAUUACUGGGUUUCAGGUACAUAUUUGGAUUCACCUUGCACAUAAAAAGGUUAGCUGUAGAGAUGCCCAGCUAUCGAGUACAUAUGAGAAAACGCUAUUUACGUCAUGUUAAACCUCUUCUAUGACCAAUUUGGCUUUAUCUAACAAACAUUGAAGCUGAAAUAUCGGUGUAGGUUGAUCGCCAGGCUAUCAUCCAAAGGAGGAGUCAUGUCCGUCUUAGCUAUCGUACCGACAUCACCAGCCUCCGGAUUCAGAAUCACGAGGUGUUUCGAACAUCCAUGUCCAAUUAUUAAGCAUGGAAGAUACACGUUUUCGAGAUCUGAUAAAAUUUGUGGUUCGUUUUGCUUGCAACCGGGUGCCCUUCAAAUCGAUGUAGGCAUGUUUAAAUGUUUAAACGUCGAAAUGAAAUAGCUUAUAACCUUGUCGUCCACCCGACUCGGAAUUGUGUCAAAUUGUGUCAGCAUCCCGCCGCAUGGUAAACGCCGUUUUUAGACUCGGG